UAUUGUUUGACAUAAUUGGAGUCAAUUAUAGUGGCUAUUUCUUGUGAAUAAGUGGGAAAAAAAAUGGGUGCGAUCUUAUAUCAAUAGUGUAUGAGAAAUUAGAUCGCGUUUUCGGCAAGGGAACCGUUCACAUCUCAUUUUCUUUCUUCAGUUUCUCUUUCUCCUAAUUGUCAAUUUGAGGAAAUUUGAUGUUGAGAAUUGAAAUCGGGUGACAAGUGUGGGGGUCUUCUGAUUCUUGUGAAAAAUCCUUCAUGUGGUUGUCCCCUACGUUCGGCGUCCCAUUUUUCCUCAUUUCCUUUCUUCCUUCUUUCUCUCUACUGUAACUCUUGCCCCUCGAUCGAAAGGGGAGGGAGGAGAUUUUUGGAGUUUUUCUGGCGUUAGUUGUUGGUGGUGGUGGCGGUAGCAAUGGAGUCGCCGUUUAAGGAGACGAUACUUAAGGGAAAGGUGGCACUACUGACAGGAGGCGGUUCCGGCAUCGGCUUUGAGAUCAGCACCCAAUUUGGAAGGCACGGCGCCUCCAUCGCCAUCAUGGGCCGUCGCCAGAAUAUCCUCGACGCAGCAGUCGACUCCUUGCGCUCCCAAGGGAUACCGGCCAUUGGACUUGUGGGUGAUGUACGCAAGAGGGAAGAUGCAGCGAGGGUCUUAGAAUCAACUAUCAAGCAUUACGGGAGGCUGGAUAUUCUUGUUAAUGCUGCGGCUGGGAAUUUUCUAGUAGCAGCAGAGGAUUUGUCUCCUAAUGGGUUUCGUACAGUGAUCGACAUAGACUCUGUUGGCACAUUCACUAUGUGCCAUGAAGCACUAAAGUACUUAAAGAAGGGUGAACAAGGGAAGGGUCCUGCAAGAGGUGGCACAAUUUUGAAUAUUAGUGCAACUCUUCAUUAUACUGCAUCGUGGUAUCAAAUUCAUGUUGCUGCCGCAAAGGCAGCUGUUGAUAGUAUUACCAGGUCCUUGGCUCUUGAAUGGGGAACGGAUUAUGACAUUAGAGUUAAUGGAAUUGCACCUGGUCCAAUUGGAGGCACUCCAGGCAUGAGUAAGCUUGCACCUGAGGAGAUGAAGGGCCAGUUUAAAGAGUCCAUCCCUCUGUAUAAGCUUGGCGAGAAAUGGGAUAUUGCUAUGGCUGCUCUCUAUCUUGCAUCAGAUGCUGGCAAAUAUGUUAAUGGGACAACACUGAUCGUUGAUGGAGGAAUUUGGCUCAGUCGUCCACGCCACAUUGCAAAGGAGACUGUGAAGGAACUGUCUCGUGCUGUUGAAUUGAGAUCCAGAACAUCACCAACAGGAUUGCCCACUAGCAAACUGUAACAAUAUUGGCUAUCUGGAUCUGUAUUAGUGGAGCCAGAGUUCAGACCCUUUGUUAGCUCCAACUAUAUAUGUCAAAGCAUUUCAUAAAUAUUUUGCAGGAUUAUCAUGAAAAUAGUUAAUGAAAUCUAUUAAAUUAUUUCUGCUGGA